CGUCGGGGCAGCUGUGAGGCGGGUGGACCGAACCGCCGGCUUCUGAGCUCGCGGGCGACUUCGGGAGUUUCUUUGCCUUCAUCUGCUGCAUUCGUAAUUUCUUCAGUGAUGAGACAUUGCUGGGAAGUAUGGAUAAAAAUAUUGCAGAGCAGCUUAAUAAAGCAUAUGAAGCCUUUCGGCAGGCAUGUAUGGAUAGAGAUUCUGCUGUGAAAGAGCUCAAGCUGAAGACAGACAGCUAUGAAAAGCAGACAUGCGAACAACAGAAACAAAUUGACUAUCUCAUGAGCAUCGUUGCAAAGCUCAAAUCACAGUUGGCUUCUAUGGGUGCCACUAGAGUUAAUGCAUAUGAUCAAGUUCCAGUACCUGAAGAUGGUGAAGCAAGAAGAAAUGGUACCUUACUGAACUUAGAUUCCGAUCAACUCCAUGAAAAGUUGAAAUUGGCAAUGCAAAGAGAGAAGCUUUUAAAGGAACAAUUGGAGAGUGAGAGUGUAAAAUUAAAACAAACAGAAGAAGAAAGUAAUUUAAAGGAAAAGAAAUUUGAAUCUAUUAUCACUGUCAAAGAAGAUGAAAUAAGACAUUUGAAAAAACAGCUGAAAGAAAGAAAUGAAGUACAAAAUUGCAUGCAGCUACCAAGAUAUGAAAAAGAGGCAAAGAGUGAAAAACAUGCUUUGUCUAGGCAGGAAUUAUCUCCAGGGGCCUUUGCUGCAGCUGCCUAUGAAAGGGAUGAACUGGAGACUGUUUUCUGGGGCGUGAAGGAAGAAUUUCAUCGAAUACGCACACUAGCAAGAGCACAGUCGGACCAGCUGAGUAAAUUUAACCUACGGAGAGAACCUGUAACUGAAAUUCCAUUCUCUAAGCCUAUUCAGUGUACCGAUGAACAAGCCGAUGACGUUUGUAAUCCUUGGGUUAAAAAGGAGAUAAACAGGGAUGUUCCGCACUUCCCAUCUGUCACGCUGAGGGGGAUGGGCCAAGAGGAGGAAGAGAACUCUGUCGAGUCACUUUCUAAGUUCAACGUCAAGUUCCCGCCUACUGACCAUGACGCUACGUUCUUGGAGAGCACGCCAGAUAUUCCACCAAUCGCAUGCACAACAGUGACUGAAAACGUACUGCAGGAUUCGCAGUUUAACCGGGACAUUGGAGACCAAGCUGUGGGCUUCAGUGAGGUGAAACGUAACUUGUUUGAGGAGCGCAGCACUGACCCCAUUACCUCAACUAUGCAUAACCUGCCAACUACCAGCACAACCAAACCCUCCACCCACACGAACACACUCGUCCAGAGUCCUUUGGAGAAAGCUUGCCUGUACAACUUUGGACCCACAGUCUUCCCAAACCAAGAUAUCCCCGAAGUUAACUUUCCCCCUAUAGAAGUGAUUGACAAAACUGUUGGAGCCCCACAGCAGCCACUCUGGAAUCCAUUGGCACUUGCUUCUUCGGAAUUCGAUCAGCCUGAAAUAUGUGAAUUCUGUCAAAAGGGUUUUGACAGGGAAGACUUUCUGAGGCACCUGAACUCACACUUCAACUUUAAAUCUUAGUGUCACUGGAACCCAGAUAAGUUUUGUUUAAAUUGAGACCUUGUGGUUGCUGUACUUCGAUUUUCAGUCGCAAUAGAUAGGGAAAUUUCAAAAUGUAAGGCUGAUAACUGAAUCGAUCCAAACCUGCAUGGCCUGUUGUUAAUAUGAUUAAAGCCAAGGAAACUGUGUAAGUCCUAUCCCAUCAGCAUAUUCCUCUUAAAAACCUGCUUGGGAAAGAGGGCAUCUGAAGAGUAUGACCAUCCGGUUUGAAAACAAGGAGUACUUGAACCCAUUAUUUGGGCAUGGAGUUAGUAAUUCUAGCACUGGUGUGCCUUUGUGUUUCUAAAGAACUCUUAUUCACUGGGAUGUCUUUGAACAUUUUUUUAAACAACACUUUACCAAUCAUUGUAACAAUAGAUCAUGAAUGUAUUUACUUGGAAACAAGUCCUAUUGACUCCGGGUACAUACAGACAAGAUACGGGCCACAAGUUAAGCACUUACCCAUGUAGUUUUUCUUCCUGAGCCUCAUCAUGAUGAAAAGUACCUACUGUGUGUGCUGGUCCAUUUGCAAGUAGUAGUAGCAGCAUGCCAGUGACGUGCCCAUCUUGGCUAGUGAUAAUAGGUAAUUCUAACACUACAUGUAAAUGGGUCAAUGGAUUUGGUGAAUGCAUUUAAACCUGAGAGGUCUGCAUGAAAUGCUUAUGGACAUAAGUGCUUUACCUGUAGCCUGUGUCACUGUUGUUAUUAUUGUUAAGAAGAAAAUAAAGAGAAAUCUAAGGCAGAGUUUUGUAAAUUUGCCUUGUCUUGUUGCAGGAUUAGUGAGCAUCAGCUAUUACUUAAGCAAGUGAUGUCACUUAAAUAAUAUCACCACUGCAGUAAAAUGAGUACUAGGGAUAGGGAUUUCUAUAUCAAAAACCUAGAUAUUGUUGUUUAUGGCCAGUGUGGAAUGUUCAGAUUAAACUGUGGUGUUGUGUUACGUCUGUAAUUACUGGACUUGCACCAUCACAGGAGAACUUUCUCUCUUCCCCCCACCCCAAGAAAACCCCACCACAAUUACCUGCAAGAGAAGGAAGAAGUUGCCUAGACUGCAACUUCCCUGCCCCAUAAUUUGUGUCUGUAAACCAGGCUGCCGACCUGCAGCAUGGGCUCUUGAAUUUGGGGAAGAGGCAGUCUGUGCAAAGGAAACCUAAUCCUCACCUAUAUUUAGCCAAUAUCCUGCUGUGUGUCAGUAAAGAAUAGUAGCAUUAAUAAUCAAAUGUUAAUUGUAUGAAGAAGGGCUGCAGCACAGAUUGAACAAGAUGGACCAGUGGUCUGACUCUGUAUAAGACCACUUCCUUGGUUCCUAUACUUAUCCAUCCAGGCCUAACCUGAGAAAAUCAUUAGGUUUUACAUGGGACACUUGAAAAAAGCCCACACAUAUCACACAGUGUACUAUUUUUCAGGAAGGUGAUAAUUUUUGCAACAUGGACUGGGUUGUUUUUAGCCCAGAUGCAAUAAUUGUAUAGGAAUGAGUUUUAAUAAUAUAUAUAUAUAUGUCGUCCCCCCCAUUUUCUCCAAAUGUCUAGUACUUCCAUGAAAUGCCCAUUUUACAACUCAACAAAGGGCGGUGGGGAUGAAUGUCUUGCAUAAUUUUUAACUCAUUUGGCUAUACAACUUUGGUUGCAACCUCUCAUCUGUCUUUGACAAGCUGUUAACUGCCUUUGCGCUAAAAUAAACGGUACUGUGCAGGGUUUUGUCUCUGGUGUGACCCAGAA